AUGCAAGCUACUAGUGUUCUUUCUAAGAGGUGGCGUCAUACAUGGACGAACAUCACCACUCUCGACUUUGAUGAUGAGAAAAAUCUACGCAGAUUGUAUGAGCUGAGCAGAAUUUGUCCAGAGGGGAAGGAGUUGAAGAAGGUUAGGUAUGUUGAUUGGGUGGACGAUGUGUUUCCAACACAUAGAGCCCCAUACAUUGAGCGAUUCAGGGUUUCUUUUGAUAUUGGUCCGAGAAAGUCCAUUGAUGAAUGGAUUCAAUUUGCAAUGAAAAGAGGAGUUCAAAUACUUGAGUUGGACUUCUUAGAACGUCCUGCUUACAGUCGAUCCAGUACACCCGUGCGCUAUUCACUUAGCCAAAAUGUUUUUGGUAUCGAAAAAGGUUAUGGAUUGAAUCCCUCGUGUUCUGAUAUACCAAGUGACCAUAUUGGGUUUAAGUCGCUAAAAGUUCUUGAUUUGCAAUCAGUUGAUGUCACUGGAAAUGUUAUUGAGGACCUCUUGUCUAACUUUCAAGUUCUUGAGAGACUUUCUGUGUCUGAUUCCUCGAAGCUGGUUGACCUAAGAAUUAUCAAUCCCUCAACUUCAUUGAAGUACUUAAUGAUACAGAGGUGUUACAAGAUUAGAAGAAUUGAGAUUUAUAAUGCAAAUCUUGUUUCAUUCGUUUACGACACAGGCAAAGCAUUCAUUUAUGACCCAGUUGAGAUAGACUUGGUUCUUAAGAGCCUACCGCUUCUUGUUGAGGUAUCCCUUGGUGCAAUCCAUUCGAUAGAUUUCGCAGAGGUUGCCCCUCAGAUUUGCUGCCUUUCACAACUAGAGACUCUCAAACUGAGUAAUUUGAGCCUGAGCUACAAUAUUUCCAACAUUAACCAAUCUCAAGCAUUUGGAAUUGGCCGUGAAAGAGUAUUGGUGUUACGACCCCAAAAUUUCGAGUAUAAAACUCGAAUUUCGACGUCAUGA